GUAAUAUAAUUCACACAUUAUUUUCAAUGGACCAAAUUGAGCCUGGUGUUUAUGGAGCACUUAACUAUUGUCCCAGAAAAUUUGCACUAGAUUCAUUUAGUAUCUUAAAAAAUACUAAUAGAUGCUAUGAUUUGAUUGUCGAUGUGGGUGCUGGCGAUGGUGGUAUAACCAAACUGUUAGCUACAAGUGUCCGACACCAGCAUAUUGUUGGCGUAGAUGUAGAUCCAGUGAUGACCAACUAUGCCGACACCAAUAACAAGGGAGAAACCAUUGAAUAUGUGACACAAGAUAUGAGUGUCGGAUGGCAUGAGUUGAGUCCUGGGGUUCGGGAGUUAGAGUCCAAAGUUGACCUCAUAUUCUCCAACUUUGUUCUACACUAUAUCCCUGAUCGGCAACAAUUGGUUAAUACAUUUUCGAGACUACUGUCCACUACUGGUAGCGGUGGUGUACUUCACGCUAAUAUCAUAAUACUGGCCGAUCUGAACAAAAAGUUGGUCAAAACAAACAGUGGUUACCAACCACUGAAAAUGUGGUAUCAAUCCUGUGAUAAACAGUUAGCCGAAUGGGAACAAAGUUUGAGAGACAAUCAAUUGGUGAUCAAAGAGUUUAAAGUUAUUGAAGAUAUUUGGCAAUUGAAUCGCAAAGAGAUUAUUGAUUUUUUACCGGUUUUGAUACACGAUUUUCGUCCAUAUUUUCAACACCAGUCGGACUUUGAUGCCGAACUGGCCGACCAUUUACCGAAUACAGUGUUCGACGCAUACGUCAAUUCCGAUGCCCGACACCCGAACCCCGAGGCGUGGACACAAUUUUUGGCCGACACUACUGUCGCCGAACUAUAA